GAUCCUGGGUCUCUCGGGAGGAUUUCCACUGGGUCAGGCCUCUGCCGCUCUUGUUUUCCACAAAGCCAGUGAGAGAGUUCUGUGCCAAGCCAGGUUUGGAUGCAGUCGUUCUAUAUAGUUCAUGCUUCUGUGGCUUGAGGAAAAUAGAAACACUGCUUGUUUUUUUUUUAAAUGUACAGCAUUGCUCAGGGAUUCAAACUAUGUUGAGGAUUCUAGAAAUAAACUCAGUUUAGGGUUUAAGAUAAUUUACUUAGAACUUCACAAGUAUUUUUUUUUUUUCUUUAAAGCAAAACUUAUAUGUGUUCUCUGAAAGAGCUAAUUUUUUUAAUCAGUUGAUUUUUUUCCCCCGGUCAGCUGCUCUCCGGACAAUACCAUCUGAUUCAACAGCAUGUACUUAUGUGUCUUGAGUUCCCAUCAUGUGCUAAGUACUGUUGUAGGCCCUGGGAGUGCAGUGGUGAACAAAAAGAUGCAGUAGUUUCUCUCGAGGAGUUUAUAAUUUAGGGCCUUUUCUUUAGGGGGCUUUGUGGCAAACUUUGGCUGCUAACUCUGAGAAGAACAGUUCUACAUUGGAGCUAGUACGUGUGCGAGUGUGUGUGUGGUACAUAUUUACCCGUAACUGAAGUAUCAGGAAACUGUGUAUGUCACUGCAUGUGGUAUGCUCUUGUAUUUUUUCUUGUAGAUUUUUGCUUAUUUAUUUUAAUGCUGGUCCCAACGCGUUAAAUUCAUUCACAACUCCCUAAUCCUAGCGGAUCAUGGCCUGUAGUUUGAGAAACACUGGUUCGGUGGGCUCUUUAUCUUUGAGGAAGAGUCAUGAGCAGGGGUUCAAGAAAAAAUACUGAAAUACACUGGGGUGUAAGCAGCAAUUGUUUGAAUGAUGAAAAUAUUGAGUGGGUUUCUCUCUUUUUAAAAAAAUUUUCUUGUAUUUUUCAAGGUUCGUAUAAUAAUGCCCAUAAAGAAAUUUGUUUUCAUGAAGGAGAGAUUAUGACAAUAUGGAUUAUUUAGAAAAAAAAGAUGCUUAUAAAAUCCGGAUCCGUAUUGAUGAUGAGCCUGCCAACCUGGACAUUUUGGACACGGCUGGACAGGCAGAGUUUACAGCCAUGCGGGAUCAGUACAUGAGGGCAGGAGAGGGGUUUAUCAUCUGUUACUCUAUCACCGACCGUAGAAGUUUCCAUGAAGUUCGGGAAUUUAAGCAGCUCAUUUACAGAGUUCGACGCACUGAUGAUACGCCUGUGGUUCUGGUGGGAAACAAGUCGGACCUGAAGCAGCUGAGACAGGUGAGGAGAGAGCAGAGAUGCAGGCUGGUCUCAGACUGGUCGUCGUCAUGUCGGGUUCCGGUGGGAAACAAGUCGGACCUGAAGCAGCUGAGACAGGUGAGGAGAGAGCAGAGAUGCAGGCUGGUCUCAGACUGGUCGUCGUCAUGUCGGGUUCCGGUGGGAAACAAGUCGGACCUGAAGCAGCUGAGACAGGUCACCAGAGAAGAAGGACUGGCUUUGGCGCGAGAAUUCAGCUGUCCCUUUUUUGAGACGUCCGCUGCAUACCGCUACUACAUUGAUGAUGUAUUCCACGCCCUUGUACGGGAGAUACGUAGGAAAGAGAAGGAGGCAGUGCUGGCCAUGGAGAAAAAAUCUAAACCCAAAACCAGUGUAUGGAAGCGGCUGAAAUCACCAUUCCGGAAGAAGAAGGACUCCGUAACUUGAAGGGAGGAUGUGCGUGUUGGCCUGUGAACCGCAGGGUUUACUCCGAGCAACCCAGUGGCCUGCACGAGUGAGCAUGGCGCUUGCUCUUUGUCCUGUCGUGACCGUUCCUCUAAAUGUAACUGACGAAGGGUGUAUGCCUAGUGGGAGUCUUCAGUGACGUGGUGUCUGGAAUACUGUCUUUUUAGCUAAUUCUGAUUUAUUAACCCAGUGGAGCACUGUCUACUUGUAAAUUGUCACAUUAGAAUUUGAUCUACCAAUGUUUUGGGUUCUCUUCCUGGUAUUAGUUAAUUAGUGUCGAUUGUUUCCACCCUGGGGGCGUCUGUAUACCAUGCGUGUUUUACGAAGCCCACAGGAGGAAGUUUCUGCUAUGCAUUACUCUGUGUCCGUUUCAACUUGGGUUCCCUGAGACCUUCCCAGGGAAGGGCCUCACUUUCUUCUGUUCACAGGUGCUUCCUGGACACACAGCGAAAACCACGGAAAACCCGGUUCAGGGCAUUGCUGUGGAACUGCGUCCUGUCGCAGAUGCGGGGCUGUGAGCUCGGGGACGCCAGGCCGUGGAGGGGGGCGGGCGGGACUCCACGUCAGGACCACGUUCCCAGUGCAAGCCUGGCUUUCCUAGAAAGUGCACAUUCAACCCAGAUGCACUGAGCUAGGUGAGGAUAAGCAGAAGCGAGUGAAAUGUAUGCAGGUUUCUCCUAUGAAGUUAUUUUGUUCUUCCUUUCAGGAUUUAGCCUUCCUUAGCUUCCAGGGUCUAUGCUUUGGGAGUCAUGACUGGAUUACUGAACUCUUGCCUAGACCCGUAGUUGGGACAGCCGUGGCCUUGUGCAGGUUUAUUUUUUCCCCAGGGAUGUGCACACCAGUACGGUUACAUUAAGUGCUUCCCUGGCUCUCUAGCAGAGCUAGGCCUGGUGGGACGUUCUCUGGGUCCUUCGUCAGACUGCAUUGUCCACGUGGAAGAGAUGUCGGAGUUAGAGUAAAACCGUGUAUGUGCCUCCUCAACACAAUCACUACGCUCCAUGCUCAGAGAAGCCUGGGCGUCUCUGUGCUAACGAGCCAGGCGCGAAGCUUUAGGACUCCUGUGUGUUGAGUUUCUCGUUGAAGAUUUCUUUGCAGGGACCUUGGGGAGUUCACCGCACAGGGCUGUCUGAGCCUUGACAAAACUCAGCCUAAGAGAAUACCACCUUGAUAUUUGUGCAUAGCUGGGGAGCUUGUUCUGGGAAGGCACGGCUUUACAUAUGGGUGGUGCAUUCUCUCUUUCAGAAUCAGGAUUGUUUGGGUGUCUGGACUUAACUGUGUGUGGAGAUUAGGUGCAGAAGUGCUAAGAAUAAUGUGGCGCAGAUUGAACAUUAAAUGUCACGAACAGAGUUUGUGACCGUCUUAACCUUGAAGCACGCGACUGCAGCGCCAUUUAGAAAUAGCGUGCCCCUUGACUUACUGUUUUCCACUUUACUGACAGGCAGAAGGAUAGGCUUGUUGUGUUUUUUUCCUCAUACUCCAUGCGAUGUCUGUUCCAGGUUUAAAGAAAGGUGAUGGUUGCACCUUUUUUAGCUAGGUCGUGGUCCCUUUUGAAACCAAAUAAAUCAUGUUUUAUGGUACUCAAGCCAUCCAAUAGUGGAAGACCCAGAAUUUGAAUCUCUGCAGGACAGAAAUCUGAUAGGAACCAUAACACUUUAGAGAAGCAUGAAGGUAGAAAAGAAACGCAGUGCAAUUCUAUUUUAACAGUAUUUUACCACAUUUAAAUUAGCUUAGAGCCUUUUACAUGUAAUGCCUUAGCUUCUCAUUACUAAUGAUCUAGGGAAUCGUAAUUAGCGUCGAGCAAGAACUUGACAGCUGUGUAAUCAUUCAGAACCUUCAAGGCAGCAGAGAAGAUUGCCAGAAAGAUCGACAAGACAGGAGGGAAUUUACAUUGUAUAUAAGAAAAAUAACAAAUCUGUGUUUUUGAGACUGUCACUGUCCUGUAUUUGGUCAUUGGAUAAUUAGCACAUUAGUAUUGAGAAUUCUAUUCAUGGUGCUAAGUAGUUUGAGGGGGUAUAAUGUGUGUAGGUAACAGCUCUAAUCUUAGUGAUCAUAACUGUAUGUAAUUUUAUAAGCUCUGAAGAGUCAGGUUUAUCCAAUUUGAGGGCAUUAAAAUCCAUUACUCCUGGAACUUUGAAGAGAGAAACAUUCAGGGACACGUGUGAAAGCACUGGGACUGUUGAUGCCUGCGCCCGAUUGUUAAGUUAGAAAAUUUAGAGUGAGCUGUUAGAAUUCAGGAGGGGAUAUGUUUAAUUUUAUUAUAUUUUAGCAAGAAUUUGGUCUACUGUGAUGUUUGGGGGCGGGAGAAGGAAGAGCAGUCUUUCACUUAACGCAUGUGUAUAUGAAGACAGUUUACAUGACACAAUACAGAACUUCUAAACAA